CCUUACCUUCAACCAGAUUGCAGUGAGUUUAUGUAAAUGAUGACAAUCACCCGGAAAAUGUCCUUAUUUAGACCUUUUGUCUCCCUCCUAAUGACUGCUGUAAAUUACAUAGUAUAUGCUUCAGUGAAUAAAUGGGGGCAAACACAAAAUUGAAGAUAGUCUUUACGCAAACAACUCCCACACUCCUCCUUCCUUUUAUUGGCCCAGGUGCCACUUUAAAAACCAACGUGCCGCUGUGCUGUACAAUUAGGGCGCACAUCAGCAGUGGAUGUUGUUGUUUCUUACCACAAAGAAUUCUCUCUCAACAAGCACGAUUUCCCAGCCAACGAUGGCCCGCGUCUUGUGCAUUCUGGCGCUUUUGUGUUUCGCAUCAUGUGUCGCGGAAAACGCAGAGACGGAGCAGGAAUUCAAAGACCUCCAACUUCAGCCAGGCCCGUUGUCAUGGCUCGACAAACUACGAGGCGUACAACAGGAAUCGACAAGGAAACAGAGCUUUACAGACUUUCUUUAUAAACUCUUCAAAUCCGAAAAUGGAGUAAUCCCCCAGGAGCCCGCAGAGACGGACACACGGGAGAAGAAUCGACGUGGACUGGGUGGUGUGAUGGCUUAUACUCGCAAGGCCGGCUGCAGAGUCUUCUACUGGAAAACCCUGACCGCCUGCUAACGUUUACUUUAAAAUGAUGAGCUCAAGAUUGAUUUGGACAUCCCCUUUAAUGUGUUGCUUGAAUGUCACAUACAAUUGUUUUCAACUGCACUCUGUUUUAUGAUGAAAUAAACAACUGCUUC